AUAUACCAAAUAAUUUAAUAAUUUUCUAUUAUUGAUUAAAUUUCAGAACUCCAUCUGACCUUCUGUAAUACCAAUAGAAUUGUAAUCAUGGUUGCUGUGAAGAAACAGAAAAAGGCUUUAGAAAGCACCAACGCCCGUUUGGCAUUGGUGAUGAAAUCCGGCAAAUAUUGCUUGGGCUACAAACAAGCUUUGAAAACUCUACGUCAAGGCAAAGCGAAAUUGGUGCUGAUUGCCAGCAAUACACCAGCAUUGAGAAAAUCUGAGAUUGAAUAUUACGCCAUGUUGGCCAAGACCGAAGUACAGCAUUACAGUGGCACCAACAUUGAAUUGGGUACUGCUUGCGGUAAAUACUUCCGUGUGUGCACCAUGUCCAUCACCGACCCUGGAGAUUCGGACAUCAUUCGCUCACAAGAUAACUAAAUUCAAUUAUGCUAUUUUAUACAUAAAAAAUAAAAUCUUGAAAACAAUCUA